ACCAUCUGACAGCUGGGCAGCUGGGCAGAAAUUAAUCACACACAAAGCACAGCAAAAGAACUUCCGUCGGUACUCGUCACGUUCCGUAAAAGACGGGCGCGCGCGGUGUUGUUACUUUUCUUGGUUCUUGGUGUCGAACCGUGUAAAAUGUCGUGCUCUGUGGGAAGAUGAACAUUUCUGUGGCUAACCGACGCGGUAGGUCGCAUUUUAGUUUUUCGUUUAUUGCCGCUACGUAAGUACGUCCGAGUGUGCAGAGUGUUUUCGGCUGCCGACCGACCAUCCGCACCCGGGUGGGCGUUUUUCUUCUGUCCCGUUUUGGAUCGUGCUCGGCGAUGAAGAUAGCUGCUGCUGUUUUAGCCUGUGAUACGCCUGUGAAAGCAAAAGUUUGUUCUACCGUUCAGCCGGGAGUUUCACCAAGCCGAAGUGCAGUUUUUACAGUGGUUCGCGUGAAAAAAGAAGCAAUUGUGUUCCAGUGCGUGUUGGAGUCAGUGAUUGUGUCGGGGAUCGCCGCUGUCCUGGACAGAAAACACAAACAUAAUUAACGGGUUAAGCUGAAGCUAGAGGGCGGGCAAACGCCGACGAGCGCCGCAGAUACAGGGACAUGGUCGGACGGAAGAUCGUGUGAAAAGCGGUGUGCGGCAGUGAAAAGCGGAAAGAAAAUAUUUUUGGGUGUCAGUGAUCUUGUCCUUUAGUUGGUAGUGAAGGUGGUGGUGGCGGUGGUGGCGACGGCGGCAAAGAAGCUGUAUUGACUGAAGGAGAUUUUUCACUUUUCCUCUUCCCAAUAACGAAGAUUAUUGUGCGUGGCCGGAAUGGAUGCUUCGAUAAUUACGGUCCAGGCGCAGUACUCCUUCAAGGGAUCGAACAAUGACGAGCUGUGCUUCAAGAAGGGCGAUAUCAUAACACUGACACAGCGCGAGGAAGGUGGCUGGUGGGAAGGUACACUGGGCGACAAAACGGGCUGGUUUCCCAGCAACUACGUUAAGGAGUAUGCCGGUCCGUUGCCCUUGUCUGAAACAAUAAGACCUCCAGAGGAAAUACAGGCCUUUCGAUCGGUCGUCUUCCGCGACUUGCUGGAAAGUGAGAAAGCGCACGUUGCCGAGCUGCGAGGACUGGCCGAAAACUUCCUGGAGCCGCUGGAAGGCAGUCAAAUACUCUCUGCCAACGAAUACACGCAGCUUACGUGUAACUUUCUCGAAGUGGUAGAAAUGCACGAAGAGUUCCUGCAAACGCUGGAGGACUGCAAUGAUCGCGUAGGGAAAGUGUUCUUAUCGAAGGCACCAACGAUGAAGAAAAUACACCAAUUCUACUGUGCCGCCCAUCCUCGUGCCAUUGUAAUAGUCGAUAAGUUUCGUGAGGAACUGAAUGUGUUCAUGGAAAAACAGGGUGCAGCUAAGCCGGGUUUGCUCGUGCUUACUACCGGUCUUUCGAAGCCGUUCCGGCGUCUGGAUAAAUAUGCAGCCAUACUGCAGGAGCUAGAAAGACACAUGGAGAGCGGCCAUCCGGAUAGGGGCGAUACGCAGCGGAGCAUUGCGGUGUACAAGGACAUAGCUUCGUCCUGUUCCGCUACCCGACGGCAGAAAGAGUUGGAGCUGCAGAUAUUGACUGGGCCGGUACGUGGUUGGCAGGGUGCGGAGUUGAGCACGCUCGGUGACAUCAUACACAUGGGCAGUGUGGCUGUUGGGCCGGAGCAUAAGGAUCGUUACUUGGUACUGUUUCCCCAAACGCUGCUAAUACUGAGCGUGAGCCAACGCAUGAGCGCUUUCAAGUAUGAGGGAAAACUGCCACUGACGGGCAUCACUGUGAACCGAUUGGAGGAUACGGAUCAGCUCAAGAAUGCAUUUGAAAUCAGUGGGACACUGAUCGAUCGCAUCGUAGCCGUGUGCCAAGGGCCGAGUGAGGCCAAUCGGUGGGUGGAACUGCUUGGUCCCAAGUCUGGUGCGGCCGAACAGAGCAGCACUGUAGUAGGGACGGUGGACAUGAAGCGCAACGUGAGCAGCUCUGCAGUCAAUAUUCCUCAGCCUCCACCCCAUGGCAAAAAACAGUUAGCACUCGACUCUCGUGGCUACAGUACUCGUGUAUCGGUAUGUGCAUAUGAUGGUGGUGGCCAGUGGCACCGUACCUAUGGUGCCGACUUUGUAGCGACACUUCCCCCGUCCAACUAUCCCCCAACCGCUCCCUAUGCCGAACUGACCAGCUACUUCCGGCGCCUUUUCCGGGCGGGUGAACUAUCUCGGUAUGUCGUACAAGCUUUGCUCUACCCUCAAGUUACAUGUACAUAUGCCAGAGGGGAGGUCGUAAUGAGAAGACGACGGCAUAAAACGACGGUACGGAUGCAACGGCGUGAGAAGGACGCUGCGGCACGUGCCGAAGCGCCAAAGCAGAGUGAAAGCGACGCGAUAUCCUCAAACCCGGCACAGCACGGAAAGGAGGAAGCUGUAGGAAAGGACGCUUCGGAAGCAAGGGACCAACUGACGCAGCACAGCUACAAUUCUAGCGAUUCCGAGAGCUCAUCCUGUGCCUCAUCUUCCUGCUCCAGGAGUCGAUCAAAUUUUGAACGUCAAAAUGCGGUAGAUUAUGUCGAGGAGGAUGACGAUGCGUACGAAACGAUAACGUUUUUUGCUGGCAAAAGUAAAACGAAUGCCGAUAGCAGUUGUGAAGACAGCACGGUGUAUGAAAGCUACGACAAUCCGCACUCUACCGAGGGUGAUUCUUUCGAGUAUAAACACGACACGCAGAAAGAAGGAGGCGAAGAAGAGGGACAGUUGCUGUCGGAAACUGGCGAUUGUGAUAGAGCUCGCAGCUCCGAAAUGAUCGGCUCAGCAGCCAUACCAUUUUUGCGAUUAAACGAUCGAGAAUCGCUCAACAGCAACGGCGGAGCACACGCGGCCAGCGGUCGAUCGAAAGCGGGACCAUCGUCGGGAAUCCACACAACCACCGCACGGUUGCUCUUGGGCGAUCUGAAACAGCAAUGCUCGGAACAGUCGCAAAUGUCGAGCUUUGAGCAUCGGGCUGCCCACGGACGAAUGGCUUGCGAGAACUUGCUCAAUCUGGACGAGUCCAUGAAGAUAAAACAUUCGCUGCAGCAGCGAACGAUCACCGAGGAACGGCACAGUAUGCCGACGUACUUUGUGGGCAAUCGCUUCAACAACUCGUCGGUGACGGAAAUAUACAUUCCUUCGUGGAAAGAAGACUGCCAGGUUGGCGAUGGGCAGGCACUCGCGACGACGACGACGACACCACCAAACGCCAACGCAGCUCAUGGCGUGAGCAGUACCGAUCGUAACAGUGUACAUUCCAGUUCGCUAGACAUACCCGCCAUGGUUCCUGUGCCCGAUCCGGUGACGGCCGAGUUGCUGUACAACUUUCCCCCGGCCGAAGUUGACGACACGCCAAAUCGGAUGCUCGGAUGUUUGUCUCGGGAGCAAUCACCAUUCCGUAAGCAUUCAAUCAAUUCUGAUAAAAAGCUUGUGCUAAAUACAAAUCAUCAUAGAAAAGACAAGGACGAUUCACAGUCAAAUAAUGCCAAUGGAUCGGAAACGCGGGUAGACGACAAAGGCUUAACGGCAGCUGUUCCAAGCGCAACUGCAAGACGUUGCCUGAGUUACCAGUAUGUGGAACUGUCUGGUAAAAGAAAUUCGCCACUAUCCGCUAAGCGACACGAUGCCAACAACAAUAUUGUCUUUAGUGGAGAGAGAGGAAAAUACGACAAACGUGCCACGAACCGCCGGGAAGAUGAUACCGAUCGCCCACCGGCUGGCCCUGGUCCCGGUUGCCCGGAGCAUAAGUGUCGGUUUUGUAGUUUCUAUUCGCGGGGCCACAGUCCCCAUUCUAGCGAUUCAGGUAUGGCCGGUAGUUGUACGAUCUCGUCGCCAGAUGGGCCCGCUAAAUUUUCCGGUGAUUUUCUUCUUUGUGAUUAUGCAGAGCAGCGUAUACUGGGCGAGGACGCUGAAGCUCGUGAAGAAUACCCAGUGCACGAACGCGAAACGCGCGCCGUGGAUGUUGUUGAUGGCAUGGGACGAGCGUGUGCCCAAGUGUUUGCGCUGAGACAAUCCCGCUCGAGCCACAAUUUGGGUAGAUUUGCGCUCGUUCGUGAGAGUGAGUUCGAUUACACUGAUAGUGGACAGUACGAUCACCAUAAUGAACCACAUCCUCAUGAUAAUUCUCAGUCUCAUAGCCGGCGGCAAGACUCGCUGAAGCAAAAGUCCACCGUGACGGGUGGCGCCGGUGCCGGUGCGGUAGAGCCGGGACUGUCCGAGCAUCCAGACAGACAUGCGUUGCACUACGAACACGCAGGACCUGAUCGGACAGUACGCAGUCGCAGUGAGGAUCGCGCGUUAUCACCAAUCUCAUCGCCAGAUCGAGACGCAUCCGAACCGCGACACUAUUCCGGUCGCAGCCGUAUCGUGGUGAAUCUAUUCGAUCGGUCGUCCGCAGCCACCACGCAGCAACGCGUCCCGACGCAGUCGUCCGUGCCGCCGUACGGUGAGAUGGCGGCGGAUAGGAUCACUUACAAAACUGGCCUCUAUGCACACUGGUGGAAGAAGGAAAAGUUACCGAUAUUUGUCGUCACGAGCAACGAGUCGCUGAAGUUGCCACCGGCCGCUGGGCCACUGUCACCGCACCAUGCACUAUGUGGCGGUGAGCACAGUAAAGGUAGAGGUACAGAGCUUAGUAGCAAAUCGUCGACCAGCCGAUCGGGCGACACUCCUUCCGAUGGUGACAAUGGUCCGUUGGCUCGUCUCAACAUUUCUGCCAACGAUGGUGGAGCCGGUCGGGGUUCAGAUGUCACCACCGUCGGCAACCGGAAACAGCCAUCCGUCGCGGAGCGGCACGUCCAGCAUCGUGCAGCACAUGUCGCAACACAAACGCAGCCAAUCGUUCAAUCACCAUCUGAGCUACAAUCAAGUUCAGCAGCAGCAGCAGCAGCAGCAGCAGCAGCAGCAGCUCCAGCAACAGCAACUAAAGCAACAUCAACCGAAUCCAAGUCUGUUAGCUUCCCCGAACUCCCUGAACCUAAAUCGUCACGAGGCAAACCAGGCGGCACCAAAUCAAAAAGGUUUUUCGGAAAAAGCUAAUUGGAACAUAACAAACUUAAGACCUGCACCUCCGUUGCGACCGGCCUUUUUAAGCUCGGUGGCCGUCAGCAGUGCUGGCGGCGGUGCGGCUGGCAGCGGAUCGGGCGGAGGACGGAGUGCAACGGCAAGUAUUACGGGAAGCAUUGGUGGAGCUGCGGCCAGCUGCGUCGGUGGUGGCAACAGCAACAGUGGAGGGGGCAGUGCGGGCUUGAAUACGUCCGAGAGCGCGCACCACAGUCUGUCUUGCAGCUCGAGCUCCAAGGUAUCGCCCACCUACGAGGAGGACGCAUUGGUGCUCCGCGUCAUUGAAGCAUACUGUGCCGCUUACCAGAGCACCUCAC